AUGGCUGAUGAGUGUGCACGACCGAAAGUGAUAUCGUUGGGCAGCAGUCAACAGGAUGUGGUCGUGUGUGGAGAGAGCUCUAGUGAACAUUUGGACAAUUCACGGGUAGUAGUAGGAGCAGUUAAUGCUAGCGAGCCAUUUGAUGUACUGCCCAGACCAACUGUGGAACAGGAAAAGCCUAGUCGCUCUGAUGAAAAAAGAAAGGAAAACAACUACAGAGGUCAUAGUGAGAAAGUGACGAGAAAGAGAAAUUCAAAGAAGAGAGAAUCUCCAAACCCCACCUCACAACAGGAGGCAAAACGGCUCGCUCGAGGUGCUGGAUCUCGACUACGACAGCGUAUACAGCUGCUUCCUCGUGGUGUUCUACACGAUCCACUACAAUUGGCGUUGAACGCUGCGAUCGCUCUAAAAGAGCACGAUACUCGAACCCGACAAGGUCCUCUUAUGAAGAGUUUUGUUGCUGCGGUGACUGAAGCUGCUAGAAUACUCGAGGACAAUAUAAACUCUCGCCAAUCGAAGAAAUAUCUCAAAGACAUGGAAUUCAUCGUGCUUAUUGCAGUGGGUAACCUGGACGAUCUGCUGAACCAAGACGAAGUAGCAGCAGUGUGGAGUAUGGUCAAGAGCUUACAACAACUGCUCCACGCUCCUUCUGUCACGUCAAAACGUAUUGAAUGGUGCUGCCACAAACUUCAGACUUAUCUCCUCAAAACGUACGAGAUACCAGUUAAUAUGGAGGAUUCCGUCAAGUCUCAGCUUGUUGAUAUACUGCAAAGCAUCGAACAAUCUACCGGAACGUUAUGCCCCACGAUGAUCAGCAAGAAUAUGACGUUGGUGAGUGAUCUAUUGGAAGGUCGGAGCGCGGCAUGGGAUCCGCGCAAUGAUCCGAGUAUUGGGAAAAUGCUCGCUAGAACUCAGCGAUUGUGCUCGGAGCAGUUUAGUUCGGAGUGGGACCAAUGCUUCAUCGCUAUCUGUAAAACGUGCAGUAAGAUGAACGGGUCGACUUUCAUGUGGGUAGCGGAUCUAGCGUCAGAGCCGCCUCAAGCUAUCCCUUCGUCAUGGGGCGAGCUUAAAUUCACAGAUGAAGCUAUUGUGAAGAAUAGUUUCGCCCACGUUACGGGUUUUGAAGAAAAAGCACGUGAUGCAGAUCCACGGAAAAAGUUGAUGUUUUUUACGGAACUCAUUGACCGACUGCAGUGGUUUAUGAGCGGAGUGGUGAGUGAAGAGAACCAGUCACUACUUCCGUUAGAGCUGCUCACCCGGAUAAACGAGUGUAUGAGUACGCUGGUGGAUCUGUGCGACCAUGGCAGGGCACUCACUCUGGAGGGAUGUCUUCAUGUGGAGAAACUGGUUUGUAUUAUACGCCAGUUGAUGUACAUGCGCGGGGACUACGCAGCAAGGUCAACACGCGUUCCGGUCUUGCUCUUGGGGCUAUUUCCACCAGAAACCCGCCCCAAGUUCGUGUACCCUGCAAGUUCGAGAUGA